UCCUACUCCUUCGCUGCCUCUAGUCCACGACAAGCAGUCAGCAAAUAACUGUGCAUCAUCUACAGAGUACGUCGACCCGACCCUCGAACGAAUAAAGACAAAAAUGGAUCAGAUCAAGAAGUUCGUAGCACCUGGCAAGCAGUUCGCCAAGGACAGCAUCCGUCUUGUCAAAAGAUGUUCCAAGCCUGAUCGCAAAGAAUUUCAAAAGAUUGCCAUUGCAACUGCUAUUGGCUUCUGCAUAAUGGGAUUCAUAGGAUUCUUUGUGAAACUCAUCCAUAUCCCUAUCAAUAACAUCAUUGUAGGAUCGUAGAAAAAAACAAAGUUUAUUUAUUAUUGUUGAAGAUACGUAAAUUAAUUUUUCAUCAUUCCUGACUGUAAUAAGUUUCUUUCAUGUCCCUAGCGUUUGAGUAUGAUUUAGGAUAGUCAUAAGGAUAAGCAGUGAAAUUAUAUAUUAUUUUACAACAUAUUAUAGAAAUGAAAUUAUUAAAAACUGCAUAAUAAAAUACUGUUUGUAA